UAAACUUUUUUUUUUUUGGAUUUCGUCUCUGCUUAAAUGAAACACGAGAGAAGCUGAAAGACCCCAUUUUUGUUUGUUUUUGUUGACCAUACUUCUCUCCAUAAAUAUUUCAGCCUAGAAACUUGGAAUUGUCUAAUGAAUUCCCUUUUUGCCUUUUAAUUUUUUUUUUCUUCCAAAUCGAAUUAAUUCCCAAUUAUUCAGUCCAAAUAAGCCACCUCUCUCUCUCUCUCUCUCUCUCUCUCUCGUCGCUCUGUCUAGUUUGAAGGUGAUACUUCUGUGAAGGCUUUUUUGCAUUGUUAAUAAAAAUGGGUAAUUGCUUGUUAAGAGGGAAUCCAUCAAUUUUCAGAGUAUCAUCCACUGCUAAAUCAGAAUCAUCAAAAGCAGAAAGUCCUCCGGUGAAAGAAAUAGUGAAAAAAGAAAGCAAAUUACCGUCAAGCCCUGAGGAAAUCGAAGAUUUACGGGGAAAUUCAGCUGAAAAUCCAUUGGUAGCUUUCUCCUUCAAUGAAAUUAAGGCUAUUACAGGGAAUUUUAGGCAAGAUUAUCUUCUGGGAGGAGGGGGAUUUGGAAAUGUAUAUAAUGGAUUUAUUACCGAAGGUCUUAGGCAAGGGCUAUUAUCUCUUCAAGUAGCUGUUAAGGUCCAUGACGCUGAUAAUAGUUUUCAGGGUCAUAGAGAAUGGCUGGCCGAGGUAAUAUUUCUUGGGCAACUUUCACAUCCAAACUUAGUGAAACUUAUCGGGUAUUGCUGUGAGGAUAAGCACCGAGUUUUGAUAUAUGAGUUCAUGGCUCGAGGGAGUGUGGAAGCUAAUCUAUUUUCAAGAAUGUUGCUUCCCCUACCUUGGUCAACCAGAAUGAAAAUUGCUCUUGGUGCAGCGAAAGGCCUUGCAUUUCUCCAUGAUGCUAAGAAACCAGUCAUAUAUCGUGACUUCAAGACAUCAAAUAUUUUACUAGACCAGGAUUAUAAUGCAAAACUCUCGGACUUCGGACUAGCAAAAGAUGGACCCGUUGGCGACAAGUCUCACGUCUCAACACGGGUCAUGGGAACCUACGGCUAUGCAGCUCCAGAGUACAUAAUGACAGGCCACCUCACUUCAAUGAGCGAUGUUUACAGCUUUGGUGUUGUCCUCCUCGAACUCUUAACAGGUCGGAGAUCUUUAGACAAGUCUCGACCAGUCCGAGAGCAAACACUUACAGAUUGGGCACUCCCUCUUCUUACCCACAAGAAGAAAUUAUUGAAAAUUGUGGAUCCGAGACUCAAUGGAGAAUAUCCAGGGAGAUCAGUUCAUAAAGCAGCCAUGCUGGCUUACCACUGCCUUAGUAGGAAUCCAAAGGCUAGGCCACUGAUGAGGGACAUUGUGGACUCUUUGGAGCCAUUGCAAGAGCCUGAUGAAUUUGGGAGCAACGGGGGUAUUUGGGUUGCUGAUGAGGACUCUUUGCAUUGAGAGAUGUACUAAAAGGUUUUGUAUUUAAAGUUAGAAUUCAGUUGUGUCAGAAUCUUUAUAGGAAAAUCUUAAGUUUUGUCUUGAUCACUUGGUGGCUAAUUCACGUA